AUUAUCACAGUUGGUGCGCAAGUGUCCUGAUGGGAUCUCAGCAUGGUCCUUCAAAGAUAACUCGAAAUAGGUUGCGAAACUGAAACCACUUCAAAGUAUUUAUGUUUUAGAUUUGUUAUCUUUUUAAUUAGUUGGUCGAUUGCUUCUUUGUUGAAUCUACGGAGACAUUUAAAAUACAAGUGCGAAAAAUGUACGUAGUAAUUUCCACAUAAAAGCUUGGCGCUGGUGGAUAAUUUUCUGGUUAAAAAAAUGUUUUUCAACACUUUAUAUUAUUUAUUUGUACUUGCUGUAAUAAACGCGGCACCAAUCGAAGUGGAUUACGAUUUUUCAGAAAAGGAUUAUAGUUUGAAUGAUGGUGUAGGUGAAUUAGGGAAUUAUUUCGAGGGCGAUAUGGUUUUGACACCAGUUCAGUACAGUGCCGUAGCCGAUGCUCAAGGAGGACGAAAUGGCCUGCGUGAUGUUACUAAAAGAUGGCCGGAACAAAUUGUGGUGUACCAUAUAAUAGACGAUGAUUUUGAUGAAGACGAAGUAGAAAUGAUUGAGGAUGGUCUGGCCGAUAUAGCUAAUAAAUCCUGUAUCACGUUUAGGAAACGAAAGGGCGACGAACAUGCUGUUAUCAUUCAGGGUUCAGCAAACGGCUGUUUCUCCGGUGUCGGCUAUAAUAAACCUGACGACAGUGAAGAAGCUAGCCAAGUUCUGAAUUUAGCAAAAGGAUGCUUCAAGCACGGCACGAUUGUCCACGAAAUGUUGCACACUCUUGGUUUCUACCACAUGCAAAGUGCAUACGAUAGAGACGAAUACGUUGAAAUUGUUUGGGAUAAUAUAAAGGAAGGUCUGGAGCAUAAUUUUGCAAAAUACAAUAACGAUACAGUGACAGACUUCGGUGUUCCAUACGACUAUGGAAGCGUUAUGCAUUAUCCAGAAGUCGCAUUUUCUAAAAAUGGAAAUAGGACGAUAAUUCCUUUAGAAUCAUUGUUGUUCAUUUUACAGGAGGGUGCCGUGAUUGGACAACGAAAAAGAAUGUCAGAAAGUGAUAUAAUUAAACUAAAUAAAAUGUACUGUGAAUGAUGACGAAAACGCG